UAAGACCCUCCCUGCCCUCACUCUCCUUCCUCUUCCCAUACAACCAAAUCUCCGUCAGCCAUUCACAUUCACUCAUCUUCGACGUAUACGAUCGCAUUGUCGUCAUUCUCUAGCAGUUCUGGAGCUGGAAAUGGAGAACGACUUCGGGAUUCCGCCGGCGACGGGGUUGGAUGAGGACAUGGAUCUGCCGGAGGAGACCAGCUACAUGAAGGUCGGGGAGGAGAAGGAGAUCGGGGAACAAGGUUUGAAGAAGAAGCUUGUUAAGGAAGGUGAAGGCUGGGAUACUCCUGAUAGUGGCGAUGAAGUUGAAGUUCAUUACACUGGGAUAUUGCUGGAUGGGACCAAGUUUGAUUCCAGUCGUGAUAGGGGGGAGCCUUUCACGUUCACUCUCGGCCAAGGACAAGUGAUCAAAGGAUGGGAUGAAGGUAUCAAAACAAUGAAGAAGGGUGAAAAUGCAAUUUUCACCAUCCCACCUGAGUUGGCGUAUGGUGAAUCUGGUUCUCCUCCGACUAUACCUCCAAAUGCUACACUACAGUUUGAUGUUGAAUUGCUUUCCUGGGUCAGUGUUAAGGACAUCUGCAAGGACGGUGGUAUAUUUAAAAAGAUUCUGAAAGAGGGAGAGAAAUGGGAGAACCCCAAGGACCCUGAUGAAGUGCUUGUCAAGUAUGAAGCACGACUGGAAGAUGAAACUGUUAUUGCCAAAUCUGAUGGAGUCGAAUUCACUGUUCAAGAAGGUCAUUUUUGUCCUGCUCUUUCCAAGGCUGUGAAGACAAUGAAGAAAGGCGAAAAGGUCCUGCUAACGGUCAAACCUCAAUAUGGGUUUGGUGAAAAGGGCAAGCCAGCCUCUGGUGAUGAAGAAGCUGUUCCACCCAACGCUACAUUGAAUAUCGCACUAGAACUGCUAUCAUGGAAGACAGUAUCCAAUGUAACAGAUGACAAGAAAGUUAUCAAGAAGAUACUGAAAGAAGGAGAGGGAUACGAGCGCCCGAAUGAAGGAGCUGUUGUCAAAUUGAAAUUGAUCGGAAAGCUGCAAGAUGGUACCAUCUUUGUUAAGAAAGGUCAUGGGGAUGAUGAAAAUGAUCUUUUUGAAUUUAAAGUAGACGAAGAGCAAGUAAUUGAGGGGUUAGACAGAGCUGUGAAAACAAUGAAGAAGGGAGAGGCAGCACUCUUGACAGUUGCCCCAGAGUAUGCAUUUGGUUCGUCUGAGUCACAGCAGGAGUUGGCUAGAGUUCCUCCAAACUCAACUCUGUGCUAUGAUGUUGAGCUUGUCUCUUUUGUUAAGGAGAAGGAAUCUUGGGAUAUGGAUACAGCAGAAAAGAUUGAGGCUGCUGGCAAGAAAAAGGAAGAAGGGAAUGUUCUGUUCAAGGCUGGCAAAUAUGUCAGAGCCUCAAAGAGAUAUGAGAAGGCUGCCAAGUAUAUCGAGUAUGACACUUCUUUCAGUGAGGAGGAAAAGAAACAGUCCAAAGCACUGAAGGUUACUUGCAACUUGAAUGAUGCAGCUUGCAAGUUGAAAUUGAAAGACUACAAGCAGGCAGAGAAGCUUUGUACCAAGGUGCUGGAACUGGAGAGUACAAAUGUGAAGGCGCUCUACAGAAGAGCUCAAGCAUACAUGAACAUGGCGGAUCUUGAUCUGGCUGAAUUUGAUAUAAAAAAGGCACUUGAACUUGACCCGGAUAACAGGGAGGUGAAGCUCGUAUACAAAGCUCUUAAGGAGAAGGUGAAGGAAUAUAACAAGAAGGAUGCCAAGUUCUACGGAAACAUGUUUGCCAAGUUGAAUAAGCUGCAACCAUUUGAUUCCAACAACACGGCUCGUAAGGAGGACGGACCCAUGAGCAUCGAAAGCAAGGCAUAAUAAGCAUAACCUCUUAACAUGAGUUUUGCAAGAUUUUUCUUUUCGUGCCCGAGUUUCUUGUUCUUCUUCUAUAUGUAGAACUAGUUGUGAGUUGUCUUGGAUUGUGAUAAAUUAUAAAUGGCUCAGAUUUUCGAGUGUCUCUCUCCAUGGAAUUUUAAGUCUUUGUUACAUAUCUAAGAUAAGAGCCUGUUCAUCCAGCA